ACGACGUGCAGACUAAACAUCCCUUAACCCGUUCGCAGCGCUCCGAAAGUGACCGACUGUGAGCGAAACCAGCAUUCCGCGAUCGCGUGGCCGUCGGAAGGAGGCAGGUGCGUGUGUAGGUUCGAGCGCGAACAGCGUGUAAGGAUAGUCGAGCACGGCGUAAGGAGUCGGAGCAGGAAGAAGCAGAAGCAGUGGCAGCCGCGGCAAGACACGCACGUUCGUUUGCAGCCGUGCUGAAGAGGUUCCAGUCGUAGAAGUAGUAAAUGCGAAGCGAUGGCUGCUCCUGAUCAGGUCAACUUUCAGCAGCUCAUGAGCUCGCUGUUGUCGACGGAUAAUGACGUCCGCUCGAAAGCAGAGGAGGUUUACAAUGCAUUGCCGUGUGAAGCGAAAGUACCACAUCUACUCGGUACGAUUCAAAAUCCGCAAAUGACGGAGGAAGCGAGAAUGCUGUCGGCAGUGCUGCUGCGCCGUCUAGUGUCGGCCGAGUUCCAGGAGUUCUACGAACCUCUCCCACCGGAGGCGAAAGAUCAGCUGAAGCAACAGAUCCUGCUGACACUGCAGCAGAACGAGGUCGGUAGCAUGCGGCGUAAGAUCUGCGAGAUGGUGGCCGAGGUGGCCCGCUGCAUGAUCGACGCCGAGGGCAACAACGAGUGGCCCGAGUUUCUGCAGUUCCUAUUCCACUGCGCGAGUGCACCGUCGGUUCAGCUGCAGGAAUCUGCCCUGCGCAUCUUUGCCUCGGUGCCGGGCAUCUUUGGCAAUCAACAGGCGCAGCAUCUGCCGCUGAUCAAACAGAUGCUCUGCAAGUACCUUGACCCGUCCUCCGACCAGGAGGUGCGUUUUCAGGCGGUCCGAGCGUACGGGGCGUUCAUAUUGCUGCACGACAAGGAAGAAGACGUGAAGCGCCAGUUUGCCGAUCUGCUGCCGCGCGUCAUCCACAUCACGGCCGAGAGCGUCGAGCAGGAUGAUCCGCAAAACCUGAUGCAGCUGCUAAUCGACAUGGCCGAGGGUGUGCCGAAGUUCUUCCGGCCGCAGCUCGAGCAGAUCUUUGAGCUGUGCUUGAAAAUCUUUAGCACGGUCGACAUGGAAGAUAACCUACGGCACCUCGCCCUCGAGAUGAUGGUAUCGUUGGCCGAGAACGCGCCGGCUAUGGUGCGCAAGCGAGCGGAAAAGUACAUCGCGGUGCUCGUGCCGCUUGUGCUGCAAAUGAUGACCGAUCUGGAGGACAACGAAGAGUGGUCAGUGUCGGACAAGAUCGCCGAAGACGACACCGGUGAUAACAAUAUAAUCGCCGAAUCGGCGCUCGAUCGGUUAGCAUGCGGGCUCGGCGGCAAAAUGGUUCUACCGUACAUCGCUAACAACAUUUCCGGCAUGCUGACCAGCCCCGACUGGAAGCAGCGCCACGCCGCCCUGAUGGCCAUCUCGGCGGCCGGCGAAGGCUGUCAGAAACAGAUGGAGGCGAUGCUCGAAAGCAUCAUGCAGAAUGUGCUCAAGUAUCUGAUGGAUCCACAUCCGCGUGUACGGUACGCGGCGUGCAAUGCGAUCGGUCAGAUGGCGACCGAUUUUGCACCGAUCUUCGAGAAAAAAUUCCACGAACAGGUUAUCCCGGGGCUGCUGAAUCUGCUGGACGAUGUGGACAAUCCGCGCGUCCAAGCGCACGCUGGGGCGGCGCUGGUGAACUUCAGUGAAGACUGCCCGCGAAACAUUCUCACCCGCUACCUGGACGCCAUCAUGGCCAAGCUGGUCCAAAUCCUAACGUCCAAGUUCGAGGAGCUGGUCAAAAAGGGCACAAAAUUGGUGCUGGAACAGGUGGUGACGACGAUCGCGUCGGUCGCCGACACGACGGAGAAGGACUUUGUCGUGUACUACGACCGACUGAUGCCGUCGCUGAAGUACAUCAUCAAGGAGGGCAACCGAGACGACCUGAGGCUGCUGCGCGGCAAAACGAUCGAGUGCGUCAGCCUGAUCGGACUGGCCGUCGGGGCGGAAAAGUUCAUGACGGACGCAUCGGACGUGAUGGACAUGCUGCUAAAGACCCACACCGAGGGCGAUCUGCCGGACGACGAUCCGCAGACGUCGUACCUGAUCUCGGCAUGGGCGCGUAUCUGCAAGAUUCUGGGCAAGCAGUUUGAGCAGUUCCUGCCUCUGGUGAUGGGCCCGGUCAUGCGUACGGCGUCCAUGAAACCGGAAGUGGCUAUGCUGGACAACGAUGAGAUGCAAGGCGUCGAAAACGAUAGUGACUGGCAGUUUGUAAAUCUGGGCGAGCAGCAAAACUUUGUCAUCCGUACGGCGGGUCUGGAAGAUAAGGCGUCGGCAUGCGAGAUGCUCGUUUGCUACGCGCGUGAACUGAAGGAUGGUUUCGCGAACUAUGCCGAGGAAGUCGUCCGGUUGAUGGUGCCGAUGCUGAAGUUCUACUUCCACGACGGCGUACGGACGGCGGCGGCAGAAUCGCUACCCUAUCUGCUGGACUGUGCGAAAAUUAAGGGACCGAAGUAUCUGGAGGGCAUGUGGUUGUACAUCUGUCCAGAGCUGCUGAAGGCGAUCGACUCCGAGCCCGAACCGGACGUACUCGCCGAGCUGCUCCACUCGCUAGGACGCUGCAUCGAAACGCUUGGUGCCGCUUGUCUGUCGAACGAGGCGAUGGAAGAGGUCCUGAAGCUGGUAGACAAGUUUAUGACACAACAUUUCGAGAAGGAGGAAAAGAGGGCCCAAGCGCGCAAGGAGGAGGACUACGACGAUGGAGUGGAGGAGCGGUUGGCCGAAGAGGACGAUGCCGACGUGUAUCUGCUGUCGCGCAUCACCGACAUCAUCCACGCACUGUUCGUCACCUACAAGGAAGCGUUCCUGCCGUCCUUCCAGCGAUUGGUGGCACAUUUCGUGAAGCUGCUCAACCCCGCCAGCCCGUGGGCCGAUCGGCAGUGGGGAUUGUGCAUAUUCGACGAUCUUAUCGAAUUCACGGGACCUAUGUGUGCUCAGUAUCAGGCUUACUUCUUGCAGCCGAUGCUGGAGUACGUCAAAGACGAACAGCCGGAAGUGCGACAGGCGGCCGUAUACGGAUUUGGUGUACUUGGACUGUAUGGCGGUGAACACUUUUCCGUCACCUGCGCCCAGGCCAUUCCAGUGCUGAUGGAAAUCAUCAUGGCACCCGAUAGCCGCGAGCCAGAGAACGUUAACCCCACGGAAAAUGCUAUUUCGGCCAUCACGAAGAUUCUGAAGUACAACAACAAGGCAAUUACGAAUCCGGACGAAAUCAUCGCACUAUGGUUCUCCUGGCUACCCGUUGGUGAGGACGAAGACGAGGCAGUCUACGUGUACGGUUACCUGUGCGAUCUAAUCCAGGCCAACCAUCCGGUGGUGCUCGGGGAGAACAAUGCGAACCUACCGCGCAUCGUGUCGAUAAUUGCGUCGUGUUUCUACCGCGAGGCAGUAACCGUCCCGCAUCCGGAAGCGCAACGGAUGCUGUCGAUAGUGAAGCAGAUCGAAGCGAACCCGGACCUGUUCCAGGCUUGCAUCAACCAACUAACGGCGGAACAGAAAACGGCGCUCGAGAGCGCGUACCGAGCGGCAGCGGCCGCGGUUACGACGCAGUAAUGGGCAGCGAUCGAUCAGCGACAGAGAAAGGGAGAGAGAACGGAUGAACAUCCCGUAGAGGACGUCUUCCGAUGCUUGCAAUGUUAAGGCCGCCCAUGUCACUUUUGUUUCAUCUCAAAAUCAUCACACCACAGGCGCGCACGGAUGGCACCGUUUUUAUGUGUGCUGCAUGAGUUCUGCCGGGGCACACACCACUGUCCUCCCUUCUUCUUCUUCAUCCUCCUCUUCUGCAUGGCACUGCUUAUUGAGCGAACGGUUACAAAACGGGUGGGAAUGAACGGGACCCAGUACGCAAGGAUGUAGACGAUGGACGCGUGCGACGAGAGUGCAAGAUGUAAUGCUGAAUGUGGACCACGAGACGAAAAGGACACAAGAGGAAACAGUAAUGACGAUAAUGGUGUCGACGGGUUUCAACUGUCCACUUUUUAAUGCCUGUCGGUUGCGUUCCAAUGCCGUGUCAAAUCACCAACGAUCCACAACUGGAUGGGGUAGCACUUAUGGUUUUAUUGAGGUUUCCAUUUUUCGUUUCAAACAUCUUCAUGACACGCUCAUGAGGUUGGCCAAAAAUCAGCUCCAGGUACUGGAAGUGUUUGUACGGUUCUCUCUUACGUGUUUUAUUUGUUUGUUUUCGUACCAUUUGUGGUAUUACAGACCUUUGCCAAGAACUCCCGUUCCGUUUGAUCGACCUCGAGGCGAAUGAUGGCUCGAGAUGAUCCUUAUGCUCGUCUAUUGUUUCAUCACGAGUGCUAGUUUAUUGAGCAAAUUGUAUCGUAUGAACACGGGAUAUUGGAUAUUGUUUGAUUUUAGCGGAAGUAAGUAAUAUUAUUGUAAAUAGAGGGAGGAAGAACAGUAGAGUAGCUCGAAUGUGUUUCCAUUUCGUGUUUCACCUCCCCCGACCUUCCCACAGAACAACCCUUUCCGGGUGCUGCCUUGUGUUAAUUAUGACAUUCGUUGCCGAAUGUGCGGAUGAGCUUUGUGUUUGUGAAGAAAAAAAUAUGUAUGUGGUAAAACGGUGGAAGAAAGACUGGUUGCAAAAAAUGACGCACGUGCCCUCCCGUUUUCCGUAGUGGAACGGCCGGUAUUAGCUCGUUGCGACCGUGAAAUCCUUUUCGAUGCGUUGGAAAAGGGGUAGGCAAGUCUUAGUUUGCGUUUUCAGAUCGCUCGAACGAACGUUGUGAACGUGUGUGGUUCUUUACUUGGCCAUAGACACAAUUUCUGGACGGACCGAUUCGGUCCUAUUCGACACGAUCACGUGCACGUUUGAAUCAGAACCAUUAUUAUGCGCAACAGCAAUUGAAACCUCCGGCGUUACCUUCGAACGCUUCACUUCACGACACACGUUAACACACGCCAAACAAUAUAGUUGAGGUAUCGCUUACAAGUGAGAUCGAAUGUGAGGUCGAGUCGAGACGAAAAUACCUACUGCACGGGUUGAAAAUGUUUCUGGCACAAUCAGGAAUGACGUGACGGUAGGAGAGUAAACUAUUGAAUAGUGCAUUAAAUUCUAUUCACAUAUUACUAUCGGCAGUAAUCCAAAAUAUAUUCAAAG